AUGGCCCCGCCGCCCGCCUCCAGCUCGUCGCUGCCGCUGUCUCUGCCUCUGCUCGUGCUGGCGCUGGCGGCCGCCGCCACCCUGUGCGCGGCCGACGUCGACAUCGUCGAGCACACACCCGAGUACAUUCGCCCGUGUCCACGGAAGGAUCCGAAUGCCAAUGGUUGCAUCAGGGAACUGUUCCAGCACAUGUUUCCUUAUCUAGCAAAAGGCAUUCCCGAGAUCGGCGUAGCGCCGUACGAGCCGCUGCGUAUCCCGCGCCUGGCACUGAGCAAGGGCCAGGGCGCAGUCCUCAUCUCGGGCAGCUUCUCCGACAUCGUCGUCCGGGGGCCCUCCAACGCCACCACCACCUUCGGCAGGCUGGACACGGAGCAGCAACGCCUCGAGUUCGGCCUGCAGAUCCCGGACCUGCGCCUGGAAGGCAACUACGACCUCAAGGGCCACAUCCUGCUGCUGCCACUCGUCGGCAACGGGCGCGCCACGCUCAGGCUCGGCAACACGACAACGACGGUGUCCACAAGGUACGUGGUGGAUAGCGUUCGUGGACGCGAUGUGAUGCGCAUCGUCACCAUGAAGGUCGACUUCACCGUCGCAUCCAUGCACAUCCACCUCUACAACCUGUUCAACGGCAACAAGGUGUUAGGGCACACGCUGAACACGUUCCUCAACAAGAACGGGCAGGAGGUGCUGGCGGACUUGGAGGAACCCUUGGGCGAAGCUCUCAGCGAGGUGUUCAUCGACCUCGUCAACCAGAUCUUCACCCACAUCCCGCUCGACAUCUGGCUGCCCUCUGGCGGGAGACGAUAGCUGCAGUGGACGCCGACGAUGCGGCCGUUUAAUCCCGAAUCGUCGUUAGCCAAUUCAACCACCAUGGCCAUACUUAACAUUUACUUUUCAGCAGGCGGUAGUUUGUGACGAACAGUUGCUUUUCUUUCUAGUUCGUUUGCCAUGCAACAUCGCUUGUGGUUGAAAAAGUGCCGAGAAUUAUUAAUCUCUUAUUCUUCUUUGUCUUUUCAUUGUAAUUCAUAUGCAAAACUCAACUGCACUUAUGACCCAGAACAUUAUGAACACCUAAAUAAUAGCCGGUAUGCAUACCUUUACAACGGAUAACAGCUGCGACGCAUGGUGGCAUGGAAGCAAUGAGGCUUUGGUAGAUCGCUGGAUAGAGUUGGCGCCACAUCUGCACACACAAGUCACCCAAUUCCCGUGAAUUCCUGGGAGGGGGACGAUAAGCUCUGAUGCCAUGUUCAGUCACAUCUUGGAUCUGGCGAGUUGGGGGACAGCACAUCUGUUUGAACCCACCACUGUGGUCCUCGAAUCACUCCAUCACACUGCCGGCCUUCUGACAUGGCGCAUUAUCUUUCUGAAAAAUGCCAUUGCCGUGGGGAAACAUGGUCGUCUUUAAGGGAUGUACGUUGUCUGCAACUGGUGUACGAUACUC